UCUUCUCCCGGCCAGCUGUGUAUUCGGCGUCACACGUGCGAGAAGGCAAAAUGGCGAAAUCCAAGGACAAGAACAAGGAAGAAAGCGAGGAAAAGAACGGAGAAACAAGACCGGACUACGACGAACUUGCUGCUGCUGUUAGUAUAAUUGCCAAGCCUCUCGCAAGUAGAAAGUUGACGAAGAAACUUUAUAAAACUGUCAAGAAAGCUUCCAAGGCGAAGACUUUGAGACGAGGCGUUAAAGAAGUCGUAAAGGCCUUACGAAAGGGGGAAAAAGGGUUUGUUAUUCUUGCUGGUGACGUUUCCCCUAUAGAUGUCAUAUCUCAUAUCCCUGUAAUGUGUGAAGAUAGUAAGAUCCCCUAUGCAUAUGUGCCUUCUAAAGUGGACCUGGGAGCAUCCAGUCUUACCAAGCGACCAACAAGUAUUGUACUCAUAAAAAAACAUGAGGAUAUUACCGAGCCUUAUGAAGAGUGCUAUGAUAGCAUCAAGGCACUACCUUUGCCAAUUUAAACUCUUUUUAUAUUUCUACUUGCCUUAUUCACUGCUGCGUUGAGUGUUCUUUGGCCGUGCAGUAUAUACAGUAUGUAUAUACACCUAUUUCAAUAAAGGUUGUCAGUGCAAAUGGCGAUUGGCAAAAUAGCAGUCCCACAAUCAAAAGUAACCAUGUGUCUCCAAGAAUAUGGAUAAAUCAAAACAACUAUCCAUCAAACGUUACCGAUGCUUGGCUCUGACAUUGUUGGACUUGAUUUAACACCUUAAAUUUUAUGAAUAAUUAGUACCUAAAAGCCAUUUGCCAAUUGCCAUUUGCACUGACAACCUUUUGUGAAAUAGGAAUAUAUGGUAGUAUAUGUAUUGAAAAAGGUUGUGACAAGGACUUUGAGAUUUUAUCUAUAUACUUUACAUGCUUAUAUUAAAGCUAGUUAUAGUAUCUUGUUCAAUGCAGUUUUGAGGGAGAGAAGAGUAGGGGGGCUAGAAAAAUGAUGAAAGCUCUAUAGUAAUUAACUGAUUCUAUACUAGCCAGUCAAUAAUUUUAUAGCCAAAUUCAUUGCUGCACAACCUGCCAGUAUUCAAAAUUUCUUUCUUAAUCUGGGAAUAGCACGUAGUCAAUCAAACCAAACAAUCACAACCAGACAAACUGCCCCCAAAGCUUGUGUCUGACUAAGCGCUAUUCCCAAAUGAGACAAGGAUUUAGGAUUCGCAGAGGUCGCUCGACAACGAAUUUGGCUGUAAAUAAUAGGUAUUUAGAACCUUUCAAUGGUUCCCCUAACCUACUUGAACAUCUGAGUUUCUAUUCAGCAAGAAAACCCAGAGAACGCCAUUUUUGCCGCCAUAUUACAAAGUCUGACACAUUGUCCAAAACUCUGUCACUGUAUUUUCCAAAAUGAUGGUCGAAUAGCGAACACUCGGUUUUCUUGUCGCAUAAAAAACUCCAAUGCCUACAAGUGGUUAAUAGAUGCUCAUAUAGCGAAAAUGUACUGUAUAUAAACUGCUUUUUGCCGCACCAAAAACUUUUUCAAGGAGAACAAGUACUGAAUAUCUAAGUGUGUAUUGUGUUAGGUGGAAAUGCAUUGCACAGUUAUUUGUUAAAAGUGUUGUUUGAUAACAUGAUAACAUUGAUAGCAUGAUAAUGACAGUGAACUAAUGAUAUCGUGGAGGGAGAGGGGGUGGAGUGAUUGUCUCUCUGCCCCCUUAGAAAAACCACCACCCCCAAAAAGCGUGAGUUGAAUACAUUUGUUCUUUAUUUGGACCACACUGCUUUGUGCAUCAUCCUGUUUCUUUCUCGGGCGCUCCCUGUGUGCCCGAUCUCCGUGACGCCCUGGGUCUCCGAGGAUGUCAAAAAACUUGAUGGACCUUCCACCAAUCAGAAUGCGUUUAGAAGCUUCGAAAGCAUUUCUAUACAACAGAGCCGUCCAUAUUUUUGUUAUUUCUUGUUCUUUAAAACGUUCUGUCUUAAUAAAAAAUGUCAACCCAUAA